UGAUCAUCCAUUCUCAUUGCUCGAUUGAUAUUCCUCGUCUAAAAUUGUUACAUAUCAAGAAGUGGUUCCUGAAAUUGACGUUUGGUUUAGAUUGUGUUGAUCAGCAUUUUGGCUUUUUUGAUUCGUUGAUUACCUCGUUGAACUUUUAAUUAAACUCAUCCACAUCACACUAAAACUCGUCCUUAUAAACCGUUAAGCAGCUCUUUAUAUACUCAAUACGAUCAAACUAAUUGACCAACAACAUCAUCCGAAUCGAAGUUCCAAGAUCAGCCCAACAUGCCACACCCAUUUCUCUUAAUAGCCGGUGUAGUAAUCUUCAUCGGUACAGGAAUCUUGUUAGUUAAUGAGUAUCAACAAUUUAAAGCAGAAGAAGAAUUUAACCGAAUCAGAUUUCAGCCGAAGCGAAUUACACUCAAAAGAAAUCACCGUAAACAAGAAACGGAUGAUGCAGAAGAAGAAGAGGAAGAAGAAAUUGAAAAAAACUUAUCGCCAAGUUGUUAUCAAACUUUCAGAAUCGAUCCAUUUAAAGAUCAUCAAUCAAAUCAUCAAGAUCCGAUUCCUUUUACUUUAAGGAAUCGAUUUCAAACUAAUCAAAAUCCAAGUCAGUAUCAGAAAUCAAAGGUCUUUCCUUUAAUUGAUUUCAGUGAACAGGAUGAACCAUUCAAAUUUAAUCGAUCAGUUACAAAUUCAAAUCCAUUCGAAUCAAGUCAAACAGUAUCAACAAAAGAUCAAUCAGAUAUACCUUUAAAAGAAAUCCCAAGAAAUAUAAAUCAAGAAAGCUCGACUUCCUCUCCAACAAGUCUGGCUCUUGCAUCUCAUGGGCAAGGAAAUCUUUUUGAUGAUGAACAAGAGUUUUUACAUUGGGAAGGAGGUUCUUCUCAUACAGAAGAAAAAUUUUCUAAACACGAAGACAGUUCAUCUCAUGGUGAAGAAUUGCCAUCGCAGAUUCCAGAACCUGAAAUGUCGAUGGAACCUGUUGAAUCGAAUGAUUCAAACCACUCUACAAAACCGAUUGAAAACGAAACCAAUUCAGAUCAAAGCUCUUCAAAACCCGCUCAGAGUAUAUCUUCUAGAAUCUCUUUUGAUGAACUUGGAUCCAAUCAAAGUGAUGAAUCAAGUAAUUGGCUCGAAGUCGAAACUCAUGAUUCUACAGAUGAAUUUGAACUGAUGUAAUCAUACCCUCCAACAAACCAAACUCUUCAUCCGAUAAGCAAUAGUUUCCAGUUUUUAUCAUUUCAUGUGAUUUGACUUUCUUCUCAGUUUGUAUGCCUUCCUUUCAUCUCGUUGUCAACUUUCAAGUCGUCCUUUUUGGUUCAGGUACGUAUUGUUAUACCACCAAAAUCCAGCAAAUCUACAUCUUGUUUUCUUUUGUUCUUAUCUCUCGUUCUUUUGGGUCAGGGGUUUUGUUGUUCUGUAUAUGAUGUAUAUAUCUCAAAACAUGUUCAAAUU